UCUUCCUGUUACUUACCCGCUAUUUCAACUGUCAAAAGCCCGUAAACUGGCUCGCCAUGCCUCGACCCUUCUUGACAAUCAAGGAUCUUACAAUAAAUCGAGACUCCGGCUCGCCCAUCCUCGACAAUCUCUCCUUGGAUGUGUCCGAGGGUGAAGUCCUUGUCAUCCGAGGUCCCUCUGGGUCAGGUAAAUCGACACUGCUCAAAUGCAUGGCCGAAUUGAACCUUUACCAAUCCGGUGCCAUCGAAUUGCACGGCCAGUCUUCCCAAGAAAUGGGUGUUCCCAACUGGCGAGUAAAGGUUCAGUAUGUCCCGCAAAGACCGAGCAUCUUGCCUGGCACUCCUUACGACCUACUGGAAACAAUCAAAAAGUUCUCUGCUAGAAAGGCUAGUCAAGAGGCCAAGGAGAACGGAACGGGAGACAGGAUUGAUCCUAUGGAUCUUGCGGCAGAUUGGGGAAUUGAAAAAACCAUGUGGAGAAGGAACUGGGAUACACUGAGUGGAGGAGAAGCUCAGCGAUUAGCUUUGGCGCUGGCUGUUGGCAUUGGAGGCGCAGAGGUAUUACUUUUGGACGAACCUACGUCGGCGUUGGAUGAAGAGUCAUCGAAACGUGUUGAGCGAAGCUUGGUCAACUUGUUAGAUAAUCAAUCAUCUCGCGGCAGGGACACGGGGCUCAAGGCGCUUGUAUGGAUCACACAUUCCGCUGAGCAAGCUGAAAGGGUGGCUACAAGAACAUUUGACGUUCAGCUGCGGAGAUAGAGCCGUAGAUUCUCAGUUAAUAAUAAUGCAAACGUCAUGUUGAUAUACGUAAUUUUACAAUGCUACUUCUCAUAUUUCCC